CGUAUUCGCCUGAAGCUUGUCAAGCAAAGUUCGUUAUGAACAGGCUACUUUGAGAAACAGAAUCCUCGGUAUCACCUGACUUUGCAGCAUGUGUGUGGGUCUGCCCCUUGCCAAAAAUCAACCUCGGCUUCUUUAAGUUUGUCAACACCCCGACCUUAUCUAGGUAUGCUUUCCAUUGGCAUUUCCAUACACUCCCAAGAAAAGACGCAUCAUCAACUCAGUACACAUUCAGUAACCGCUACGUAGCGCCGAUCCCCUAUGUAAUUAUAUGCGACCUAUCUCGGCACUGCAAUGGUAAAGCAGGCAUAAUGGAAGCCAGGCACGAAACAUCGCAAGGUGACACACAGCGCAGCAUAGUUGCCUCGCAAUUGGGACGAAGCUGCAAACCAAUCAGGAGCAUCCACCACCAUGAGAUGAAACGAGGGAGCAUGUGAAGGCAAGAAGCCGAGCUCAAAAGGAAAAACACUACUACUGACUUUUGCCAACAGUCAUGCUCUGCCAUGCGAGCUUGCGUCGGCUUCAUUUCUCUGGACGCUUGCAUCAACUAGAUUGUAAGCGGCGCCUUGUGGAUCGUCGCUAUCACUCUUGAACCAGGGCAUAUAUAACAGGGCCUAUUUUGAUUUUCAUUAUGUCUGAUAUUCUUUGUCCUGUACAACUCGCCAUGGCUCCUCCGACUCCCGUACUGUUGACGCUGACUGCAGCUGGUCUUUGUGUCUUGAAAGUCAUAUUUGUUCCUGAACUCUAUCCCAACACAAAACUUACUACACUCUACCUUGCGCUCGCCAGCGCGGUUUUCGUCGUUUAUUAUGGAGUGUGGUGUACUGUGAUAUAUCCAAAGUUUGCAAGUCCACUCCGCCAUCUUCCUCAACCAAAGUCCGGCACAAUUUUUGGAAUUGGAUUUCCCUCUGUUAUCCUCAAAAGACCAAACGGAGAACUCUUCCUCAAACUCAUAACUGAGAUCCCGAAUGAGGGACUAAUCCGCUUCCCUGGGCUUUUCAACUCCGAUUAUCUCCUCCUCACAGGCCCCUCAUCUUUAAGCGAAGUCCUUGUGCAUAAGAGCUACGACUUUGAGAAGCCCAAAGAGCUCCGCAAGUUCUUGCGCAUCAUUCUUGGCGAUGGCUUGAUCCUAGUGGAGGGUGAUGUUCAUAAGUUCCAGCGCAAACAUGUCUCGCCUGCUUUCAGCUUCAGACAUAUUAAAGAGCUCAUCCCGGUUUUCUGGCAGAAGGCUUGGGAUAUGACGGGUAGGAUAGCGGCGGAGAUCCAUGAGAAUCCUGAGCCGUUGGUUGAUGAGAAGAACAAGAACCGCUCGGGUGUUGUAGAGAUCAACCACUGGGCUAACAAAGUUACUAUGGACAUCAUUGGAGUUGCUGGUCUUGGACGAGAUUUCAACUCUCUCUACAAUGCCGACGAUCCUCUCGUAGCGAACUACGAAGAGAUUCUGGAGCCCACCGCCGAGAAAGCCCUCUUCUUCGGGGCGAACAUGCUCUUCUCUCCGAAACUUGUCGCCAAACUCCCUUGGAAACUUAACCAGAGGUUGAAAGGAACGAUGGCAACCUUACGAGGUGUCUGCCAUCAGCUGUUGCAGGAGAAGAAAGAUCUGAUGAAGGCAGAUAAGGAGCAGCCCGUUAACAUUCUAUCGCUGCUGAUUAAAUCGAACAACUUCGAUGAUGAGAUGUUGAUUGAUCAAUUAUUGACUUUCUUGGCUGCUGGACACGAAACGACCUCCUCAGCAUUCACAUGGGCCACCCAUCUCCUUGCUAUCAACCCCGACAUUCAAGCCCGGCUGAGAGAAGAAAUCCGCAGCAACCUCCCCUCCCCAUCCACCCCAUGGACCAAUGACAGCAAUCCCACAGACUACGCCAGCAUUCUCGAAUCCCUCCCGUACCUCCACGGCGUCUGCAGUGAAGUGAUUCGACUCUUCCCCACAGUCCCCAGCACAGUCCGCAUCGCCGUUCGCGACACCACCAUCAACAACACGCCCAUUCCCAAAGGCACGCGCAUCUUCCUCACACCAUGGGGUGUCAAUCGGUCGCCACAUCUCUGGGGCAACACAGCGACGGAUUUCGUGCCGGAGAGAUGGAUUGAUGCUGAGACCGGCAAGGCAAACAACACCGGGGGCGUGACGAGCAAUUAUUCGAACUUGACGUUUUUGCAUGGCCCGAGGAGUUGUAUUGGGGAGAAAUUUGCGAGGAGUGAGUUGAAGGCGCUGGUGGCGGUGUUUUGUGGGACGUUUGAUAUUAGGAUGGCGGAUCCGAAUGAGGUGCCUGUUCCCGCGGGGGUUAUCACGACGAAGCCGAAGAAUGGGAUGAGUUUGAGGUUGCAGGUUGUGGACGGAUGGUGAGUCAAUGGAAGGGUGAUGGAAAUGCAAUUGUAGGUAGCCUUCUGAGAGGGUUGG